CUUCAUGAAUUUCAAACUUCAUCGGAAGGAUUCAAGGUCCAGGAUAAGAUCUGGACGGGCAGCGCGCAAGGACAGGAACUGUAGAAGCCUCGCAUUUGAAGCCUAAAGUACCAGCAAACAAGCAAAACGCCAGUCUAAACAGAGCUACUGGCGAUGGUUUAAGGAAGAAAAGCCAAUGCAAUGAUGUGUCCAUGAAACGAAGCGUCCGCGCCAGGCAAUGAGCCAUCGUAAAGCGCUUCUUUUCUAGCAUUAGGCUCCCAUUGUUUUCUCCCGCCCUGUCAACAUGUCCCUUGCGACAGCUGUCCACCAGGCCUGCUGUCUGGCCGCCCCCGUCCUCCCUCACCAAAAGAAACACAACUUUGGGCUCCCACAAACUCCCUGCCUCUUGUUCAAUGCAUUCUUGGGCACCAGAGCACUCCGCCCGCGACAGCUGUUGCUUUCCAAGCAUUGCGCGCGUCAACAUUGGCCACGCUUAGCUCAGUGCCAGGCCCCCCGCGCCAGCGCCGGCAAUGUUGGCACCGACGUCGAAGGGGGCCGCGCCCUUUUCCGUGCCGAGCAGCGGCGAGCAGAGGUGCUUCUGCCAGCAUUUGUGGUGUCGGUCAGCGCGGGCGACGUCCUGACCGGUGGUAAAACGCUGACUGAGAAUGUUGAUGAAGCGUGCGCGGGGGGGGCCACAAUGGUGCUGCUUACGGAAGAAGGGGACGCGGCCGGCGGAGGCGGCGGUGGUGCAUUGUAUGAGGCAGCCUGCGUGCUGCAGAGAGUAAUAAGGGGCCGGGCCCAGCUGCUUAUAGCGGAGCGGGCGGAUAUUGCAGCGGCCGCGGGGGCGGAUGGUGUCCUUUUAUCUGCGCAAGGCCUCCCAACGGUGGUGGCCCGUCGAAUGCUGGGCGGCGUAAGCGCGAGCGAAAUGGGGGUGCUCCCUUUAGUCGGGCGCGUUGUUGCCACCGCCAGCGAGGCGCGCACGGCUGCGGCUGAAGGCGCCGAUCUUCUCGUCCUCUCACCGUCCCCCCGUCAGAAAGAAGAAGCGCAAGACGCCACCCGCGCUGGAGUGGGGGUGCCUCUGGUUGCCAUUGCAAAGGGAAACGACGCGACAGCUGUCGUGGGCGCGGGGGCCGACGGGGUUGUUGUGAGCCUGAUAGAACUAGAGGGGGGGCGGCAAGCGGUGAAGGAUCAGUUGGAAAGGGUACGGGCGGCGCGGAGCAAGGGCGAAAGCGCGGAGGGGGAGAAACUAGCGACGGGAGGAAAUGGGAGUGUGAAGAAGGCAACGAAGAGCCCGGGUCUUGGUCAGGAUUUGCAGUUGAUAGACGAGAGCGGGAAGUUGUUGAUUGAGGAGGAGCGCACGCUGCUGACGAGACUGCGGGAUUUGCUGGAGGAGGCGACGCCCGAGAUGUCGGAGCUGUCGUUACUAGAAGACGCCCUCGAGCAACUAGAUCAGCUCUUCUUGCUGGUCAUUGUGGGCGAGUUCAACAGCGGCAAGUCGAGUGUGAUCAACGCGCUGCUGGGCGCUAAGUUCCUGAAGGACGGCGUGGUUCCCACCACGAACGAGAUUACGCUUCUUCAGCACACCGGGGACGGCCACGCCGAGGGAACAGAGCGCUCGGAGCGCCACCCAGACGGGCACGUCCUGCGGUACCUCCCGGCAUCGUUGCUGAAACAGAUGAGUGUGGUGGAUACCCCCGGGACGAACGUGAUUCUUGAGCGGCAGCAGCGGCUGACCGAGGAGUUCGUCCCCCGGGCAGACCUCGUACUCUUCGUGCUCUCCGCCGACAGAGCGCUUACGGAGUCAGAGGUGUCGUUCUUACGUUACAUCCGGCAAUGGGGCAAAAAGGUGGUGUUCUUGCUCAACAAGGCGGAUCUGCUGAGCAGCGAACAGGAGCUGGACGAGGUGACGUCAUUCGUCGCCAACAACGCGAUCCGCCUCCUCGGCGUCGACUCCGCGCCCAUCUACCCCGUCUCCGCGCGCCGCGCGCUGCGCGCAAAACUCGCCGCCCCUAGUUCCCCCGCCGGCGGGCCCGACCCGGCCCACCUCACAAACAGCCCGGACUGGACCUCUAGCGGAUUUUCCGCUCUGGAAGAUUUCAUUGCGGGUUUCCUCGGGGGGGGCGCGCAGGGGGCGGAGCGUAUGCGGCUGAAGUUGGAUACGCCGCUCGGGGUUGGCGCGGCGUUGUUGGCGGCGGCGCGCGGGAUUGUUGCCGGGGAGGGGGAGCGCGCGUCGGAAGAUUUGGCGGCGCUCGAGGCGGUCCAAGAGCAGGUCGCUAAGUUCCGAGCGGCCAUGGAGAAAGACGCGGGGGCGCAGCGCGAGAAGUCCGCAAGGGCGGUGGCGGAGGCUGCGAAGCGCGCGGGCCGAUUGGUGGACCGCAUCUUGACGAUCUCCAAUGUUUCCGCCCUCGGCAAGUACUUGCUCGGCAGCGUGCAAGACGACACCGCCGGCAUGCCCGUCGCCUCGCGCUUCCAGCGGGAUGUCGCAGACCAAGCAAUUGCUGACGUCAAGCAAGUGAUCGACGAGCACGGCACGUGGCUGGCCGCCAACAACGCGCGCCAAAUCAGCAACUACGCGGACUUCGUGCGCGCGCGUUGGCCCGGCUUCUCCGAGGACUUUGAGGACCAGCCGGGGGCGCAGCUCGUGAAUUACGGCGGCGGGGAUAACCCGCACGGGCGGGAAGCGCUCGAAGAGUUCAACCCCUCGGCAGCGGCCCUGGUGCUCGACAACGAAGUGCGGGAAGUGGUUCUGGGCUUGGCUGCAAACACGGGCGGCGCGGGCGCGCUCGCGUAUGGCCUGACCACCGUGCUUCCGACGACGCUAGAGGACUUGCUCGCGCUCACCGUCUGCUCCCUGCUUGGGUAUGCGGGGAUCCUCACGCUGCCUCAAAAGCGAGGGGAAGUAAAAAAGAAGGUGCGGAGGUCGUCGGAAAAGUUCGCGGCCGAAAUAGAGGAGGCUAUGCGGAAAGAUAUGGAGGAGGAGUUGGACCGCAUGGCCAGUGCGGUUGAGGAACUCAUCGCUCCGUAUCGGCAAGCUGCUCUCGAGGAGGUGGCGCGAGUAAACAAAGUAGAAGCGCAACUUAGCGAAGUUGAUGCCGACUUGAGGACGGCGAGAUCAAAGGUGCGACGGUUUGGAGAAUGACGGUCUCGGAACCUUUUUGUCCUUGUGUUUGAGUGCGAGUGUAACUUUUGGGUGGUCCAAGUCCAAGGCUCAAAACACAGAUGGUCCCCCGUACUGCAUGAGGCCUGUAAAAUUCACCAUGUUAAUAAACAUGCGAUAUGUUUUGCGGA